ACAUUCAACCUCGCCGCGCUCUUCCGGGCAUGUGCACCGCUGUCAAACACAAAAUGUAAACAAAGUUUGUUUUUUGUAGUUUUAUUAGCAGCCCUCAGUUAGCCACCGCUCUGACCCGGAUGCCUCCCAUACAGUACCUCCAGUGGACACUCGCUGCAUGCUGCCGCGUUGAGAGCAGCCUGGCGUUGUCGUGGAGACCGCGGUGAGGAGAUGGGCUCUGUUCGCUGGGCUUUUCUCUGUGGGUCGUGGACACCGAGCAGGGCUGACUGGCUGCUCGCUGCUCGCUGCAUUCAGCGGGAAGAGAAAGACAGAAUCGGACAGUUUGUGUUUGCCAAGGAUGCCAAAUCAGCCAUGGCUGGCAGGUUGUUGCUGAGGAGAUUUGUGUGUGAGAAGAUGGGGAUCCCCUGGUCGGACAUCCGACUGGAGCGAUCUCCCAGAGGGAAACCGUACCUGGCUGCACCACUUAAGGUCAGUUCAGAUUCAGGCCCUGAACCCCCGGCCUGGAGCUUCAACCUGUCCCACCAGGGGGACUACGCUGUGCUCGCUGCAGAGCGGGGGAAGCAGGUCGGAGUGGAUAUAAUGAAGACCACCAUGCCAGGUAGCAGCUCUGUGCCGGAGUUUUUCCGCAUCAUGACUCGUCAGUUUACAGCGUACGAGUGGAGCGUCAUCCAAUCAGCCGGCUCUGAGCACCAGCAGCUCGCCACGUUCUACCGCCACUGGGCCCUGAAGGAGAGCUUCAUCAAAGCCAUCGGCACGGGUCUGGGCUUCAACCUGCAGCGGGUGGAGUUUCACCUGCCCUCUGAUCCGCUCACUUAUGGCCAGCCACUGAGCCAGACCAGGAUGCAUCUAGAUGAGGAAGAAGAAGAGGAUUGGAUAUUUGAAGAGAGCCUCCUGGAUGCUGACCAUCAUGUUGCUGUAGCACUCGGACCAGCGGACAAGCCAGCCUCUGCACCUCUUCGUCCAUCUCUUCCUCCUGCCACCACAUUCACGCUGCUGUCGUUCAGUGACCUCAUCGCCUCCGCCUCACCUCUGACAGAGGAAGACUCUGCCUACUGGGACAGCUUCAAGAUGAAGGCUGAAGUUCCACAGAGACAGAGAGAUACACACACAUCCAAAUGACCACCUGUCUUACACUGACACUCACCUGCCACACACACACACACACACACACACACACACACACACACACACACACACACAACAAAACACACAA